GGAGAGCGUUGGGGUGAGGGGGGGCCGGGCCGGGGGGGCCGCUCUCCCGGGCUCCGCUCUCCCUCCGGGUCCCGGCGCCGGGCCAGGCCCUCCGUCCUGCACCCCGCACUGUCCCUCCGCGGCUCGGGCUGGCGCGGCCGCAGCCCCGCUGGCGGUGCCGGUGACCGGCCGGGAGCGGGCCCGGGGCCUCCCGGGUAGGUCCGGCGGCGGCGGGGCUCUGCUGCGGCCUGGGUGCGCUCCGGCGCGCUGCCUGCCCCCCGCUGCCCCCCGCUGCCCCCCGCUGCCCCCCGCCGCCCCCCGCCUCCUGCUGCUCCUGCUGCUCCUGCUGCUGCUCCUUCCUCCUCUCGAGAGCCGCUUUUCGCCGAGCGGUAGGAGGGGGAAGGCUGCUACGGGGGGGUACGUGCGGCGCUCCCGGGAAGGCUGGCUCGUUGGAAUGACCGGGUAUCUGCUGAUCGCCUCGUGUUGCCGCCGAAGCUGUGCAGGUUGUUCUCACAGAAACUGAUUAUUCAGCCUUUCCAAAGAUGAAGAGGAAAGUUGCAAAAGUUGGGAAAUUAAGGCUUAGUCCUAAUGAAGAAUCCAUGCUGCUGAAAGAAGAGUAUGACAGAAGGAGAAAGCUGAGGCUACAGCAAGUUAGAGAGCAACAGAAGUGUAUCGCCUUGCAGAUAAGGCAGAAGGUCAAGCAGAGGAGAGAAGAGCAACUAUAUCAAUUAGAGGAAGCCCUGAGAGCUGAAUGGCAGAGAGCACAGGAUCAGAAGGCAAAAGUCUUAGAAGAAUUGUAUUUAUCAAGCUUAAGAGCAAUUGGUGAGGGUCACCGACAAGCUAAGGAGCAUGAACCUGAUUUAGAAGCUCUGGCAAAGCAAGCAGAGGAGAGGAAACAAAGAGCAGAAAAGAGGCAUAAGAAAGCCCUGAAAGAGCAGAAGCAUCAAAAAGAGAAAUUACUUCGUGAGCAAGCCCGACGAACAAAUGCACGUAAACAUGCUCUGGAAGUGGAAAGAAAACGAGCAGCCAAAGUUGCAAGCCUGCCACCUCCUCCACCACAUCCUCUUGAGAAUUUUGAUGUGAAAAAGGCUGCAGUGAAACCCUAUAGUGCUGACAACUUUUCUGUUACACGCUAUCAUAUUUCCGAACCUUAUGUGGACAGAGAAAUGGAUGGAGAGCAGCCAGAUGCUCGGUUAGCUGCUGAGGAAGAAGGGAAACGUUUGGAAGAACUGCACAAGGAGGCAGAGAGGGAGAGAAGAGAGCAGCUUGAAAAGGCACAUCUCAGAGGAAGUCAUGCCUUGAAGAAGGUCCAUUUGGCUCAGGACAGGGAAAGGCUGCUGAAAGAACUCGAGCAAAUGCAGAACAUGGAUCGGAUGCGCAGGAAACAGAUUGUAGCACAAUUGCCACCUCAGCUUUUUGUGCCUGCAUAUAAACGCCUGGAAAAGAAGGAAGAAUGGCAGAGAGAAUUGGAGUUUGCUUUUGAAGAUAUGUACAGUGAAGACAGGAAAAUGGAAGGAGACCUGAUUUUGCAGUUUGAGCCACAACCUUUGCCAGGCCCUUCUGACAGAUCUCAAGAUAAUGACCUUGAUAUCUCUCUGGAGCAAGAAUCUGCUUGUGACACUCAACCAGAAUCUACUUCUGAUACUAGACAAGAUUUGGCACAGAUGAUAGAAGAGGAGGUCCCCAAUGAGUCAGAAAAUCAUGAAGAAGCAGAAACUCACCAACCUCGGUCAAAACUUUCCUUGAAGAGAUUGCUGAAGAAGAUUAGAAGCCAGAAAGAGGAGUGUACAUCAAAAAGUGAGACAGAGAUUCCAACUGAAAUUGAGACUGUUGAAUCGGGCACGAUUGCUAGCGAAGAGAGAUCCUUAAGUGAUUUAGAGCUUAACUGUAAGCAACAGAAGAGUAGAGUAUGUGAAGCCAAAGACCCUGUGAAAAUGUUGGAAAAUACAGUUGCAGCUGAAAAUUCAGUUCUGAUCCAUCCUCAAGAACAAGCAGCUAAAGUUAGAAUGGAAAAGGAGAGACAAAAGUGGAAUGAGCAGAUAGAGCAACAGAAACAGGAACAGCUGGCCUUGCUUAAACAACUUGAAGAAGAGAGAGAGUGUUUGAAAGCUGAUUUUCUGAAGCUCCAAAUGCAAACCUGUUUAGAGAAGGCAAAGAAGAAAAAAGAGGAGGAAGGGCAAGUUCAGCUGGUACAAAGCCACAGCAUUCCUUCUGCAGAUCGGCAGAACAAAGUGGAACAUGAGACUGGAAAUAAAACUGUAUCAGAAACCAGGAGUCCUAGAGAAGACAGCUGUUUACAGGUGAUUCGUGAUUAUCAACAACGCCUUCUGCAGCAAAACAGGCUGCACAAACAGACCAUUGAAGAAGCUAGGAAGUGUCUACAGGAGUAUCAGAAUAAAUUGAAGCAAAAAUACUUAUCUACUUCUGCAACACCUUCAAGCUCUGUGGAAGCAAAGUCAAUUAAAUUAAAGUCUGUCUCAGAACCACUUCUGCAGAGGCAAGGAGUGCAACCAACACAAUACCAGUCACCUGAACAAGUUCUUGCACAAGAGUGUGCACAGUCGCUACCUGUGUGUUCAGGAACAUUGCAUGUGUUGCAAAAACCAUCUUCAUGGAAACCAGACGAUCAAAUGCACAACGUUUGUCCUUGCAGACAAGUGCAGUUUUUAGAAGAAUCUAAGCUGAAGCAUGCAGAGUUUCACUUGUCAUGUGGCUCUCCUUCACAGGAACAACUGGCAAUGUUUGAAACAUCCAGUAAUCAUGUCAGAGAACCAUCUCGCUUCCAGUUACCAUCGGGUUUAGUCAUGAAAGAUGUCACAGCAGUAAGAACACAACCAGAAGCAUGUGUACAACACGUUAGGUUUGUUUUGCCUGCAGAGGAUUCCUCUGAGCCUUUAGAAACAGUGCACUUCAAAAAGUUGUCUCAGAAGAUGUCUAACCAUCAAACAGAGGCAGAAGCUGGAGAAGAGUCUCCACUUAAGAUACCCUUCAUGCCAGCAACAACAGGAUCUCAUAUAGUUCAGGGAGCCUCAGCUGAUUCUUUGUCAAAUCAGCAGGGAUCUGCAGAGAGCACCAUCAAAACAAGCCUGGAACACCCCCUCAGUCUUUCUGAACCUGUGACUUUAUCUCAUGAAGAAUCUAAAGCCCAGAGUGAGGAGGAAUUCUUGAUACCAAAAACUGGAGAUGCAUCUUUGUUAAAUUAUUCUGGUAUACAAAAUUUAAGGAACAGAAUGUUGGCCUCAUCAGAAAGCAUUCAAGCUCAGCAAAAGUAUUUGAAAGAAUUGCAAGAGCAGCUAGAUGCACAAAGAGAAGCUCUUAUUUCUAGACAGAAAACACAAGAACAGCUACUUCUACAGAAGCAAGAUAAAUUGAAGGAACAGAUGCAGAGACAGCAAGAGGCGUUGAAAGAAUUUCUGAACAAGCAGUUGAGACAUAGCUGCACAAAUGAAGAAAUGACAAAGGCACAAAAGCCUGACUGGAUGAAUAAGACUGAUGUUUUCCAAGUCUCAGAAAAUUACCAACAAGACAAUUGUGGCAGGAGUAAAUUUCACAGAAAUGAAAUUAUUCCACAGUGCAUCAGUCCAGCUCAGCAAACUGAACAGUCUGAGAAAAUUCUGUGUAGAGAACAGAAAUGGAGACCUUCCAGACCACCAGUGACAAAAGUCAAGCUAGGGCUUAAUUUGGAGCAACAUGAACUUAGCAUCAUCCCAGAGGUAGACACACCGAAGAGCGGCAACAUAUCUUUUGCAGAUAAAACAGGUUCUGUUGGUGGAGAAUCUUCUCCUAUUUCCACCAUUGGGGAGUUUGCGUGUGUGAAAUGCUACAGUCAUGCUUCUCAUGAAGAAGGCAGGUUACCUUCCACCCUAACAAACUAUGAGCAACAAAUCUCUAAUGAAAGUUCAAGGCAAACUAAACAGUCAAGUAGAUUAAUACAGGAGAUGUUGAAAAUGACUGCUGAAAACUCUUGUGAUUCAGCCCAGUCCCAGGAUUCUCACGUGGCUCAAGACUUAGCAGUUCUUGAUGCUGAAGUUGGAGAGGGAGUUGCAACACAUUCUGGACCAUCAUUCAGUCAUGAUAAUACGGAAGUACUUUCUAAGGUAAUAGCCACGAAGUUAGGAUCAGAGGCUUUCAUACAAGGGAUACUCUGUGAAUUAUCUCCAACAGUUUCCACUGGAAGUUUUUUAACUAGUGAAAGGUUGGAUGUAAGCCCUGUGGACACUGGAUUGUCUUCUGAGAGUACAGAAGAUGGAAUUUUGAGAGAAACAGCAAGACGCCCUUGGAGCUCCUCGCUGCCUUCUUCCUUGCAGCAGAGGCAAGAGGAUUUCCCUGGAGCACCUGAAAGUCAGUUGCCUGAAGGAGAGAUGUACCUCUAUAAAGGAAGUCAGAUCCAGCAGAUCCUGGGCAAACAUACUGGAGACUUGAACUCCCACUCAGAGGACAAUACACAUUUCCAAGCUCUAGCAGCUGAACUUGAUUUUUCUGAAAUGGAGAAACCUUUUCUGAACUUCCAUCAUCAGCUCCUUCAGCCUUUGGAACCAAGUCAUCACUCUGAUGCUUCAUCAUCCUGUUCUCAAUGCAGGAUUUCACAAGACAGUAGAGAAUUUAGCAAGACUUCAACAUUUUCAACAAAAAAUCAAGACAUGUCUAUGUUUCUAGAAGUGGGAAACUCCAAUUUGAAUGUGCAAAGAAGCAGUCUACCUUCUGGCCUUGAAACAAACAGGCCAACCAACAUGACGUCAGAAGAAGAGUCUGUUGAAGAAAAUGAUACCCCAGGAUCUGAUGAAGAAUCUUUUCAUCCACUGCAAUUAGACACUACUCUGAGUGAUCACUGUCAGAAUGCUGAUCAGCCAGUGGACCCUAACAAUGUGUCACAGAGAUCUUCGGAACAAACCCUUGGAAUUAAAAAAUGGGUCAAUGAGAACUGCAGUACAUCUGCCAGAGAAUACAAAGAACUGGCAAGAAAUAUGGCAUGUAUUAAUCUCCAGUGUUCAAUGGAAGAUCUGCAAAAUGAAAGUCUAAAUCCACUGGAAGAGCAAAAAACAUUUUAUCAGCUAAAUACCACCCCAGUUACAGUGGAUGAAACUUUCCCUCAACAAUUACUAAAAGAGACUGUGUCUUCUGAAAAAUUAUCUGUGGAGGCAUUUGAUAAGAAGUAUGUGAAGGCUCCUGAAAAAUCAGUUUAUGUAUGUGAAUCAAAUAAAGCUGUGGAAGUGGAUUCUCAGUGCAAUACAAAUAUUAAGGAGCCAGAUCAAGGUUUUCCAGAAGUAAAAAAAUCUGCAAGGGAUCCCAGAGAAACCAACUUGGAAGACUCAGACAUCCAUUUACAGACUGUCAUGCAAGAGAAUGGGUCUUUUCUGGAAAAACAUGAAAAACAUUCUAAUUCUUUGCCCAGAAGUUCAUGUCGCAUUCCUGUCUGGGAGACUGAGUCAGGGCGUGGUAUAAUGGAAGAGCCUGAACUCACUCUGAUAAGCUCAAAUGACAUCAGUGUUGCAGAAUCAGACAUUGAAUGUAUAAACCAAGAGAAAAUUAAGGAUGAUAAAAUCAGUAAUCCAGCAUGUGUGGAUCAGUCUGAAUGUAAUGUUUUUCCUGAGGAGAGAGAAUUCUUCCCACUAGCUCCAGAUGCAGAUUGUUCAGUGUUUGUAAGGCCUGGUGGUUCUUCCAGAGCUCAGAGUCCCAGUGACAGUCACUUGCCAGAACACCAGACUGCAGUGAUGAUGCUGGAGUUUGUGGCUAACCAAGGAAGUUUGCAAGAAUCUUUUUUAAAAAGAAAGAAGAACUUCAUCCAGAAGUCUCUGAAAAGAGUAGAAGAAAUAAAAAAUAAAGAGAGAGAAAAUGAAAAGCCAGAAGUCAGACAGUUCCGAAGAAUGAAGUGUGAGAAGUUAAGCAGGCAAAAGAGGUCUCCUGUCUCUGGAAAACAGGUAGUGGUUGCCCAUCAGCUGAAUAAAGUAGGAGAAGUGAAAGUGUCUUCUCCAGAGAACAGAAAGUCUGGAGAAAUUGAAAUGCAUCAGCACACCUCAAGACUUCAUAAUCAACUUGCAGAAGUAAAAAUCAGAAAGGAAGAAAAAACAAGGCAAGAAACUUAUGCUAAAAACAGAGAAAAGGCUAAAGAGUUUCAAAAGAAAAUGCUGGAAAAGCUACGAGCCAAGAAGCCUUGGAAGGCACCGUGACUGGCAGAAGACUUUCACCAAAGAGAAACACCACUGUAUGAUCAGUGCCUAAUGAACUCUGCAUUAAAAAGCUGAGGAUUCCUAGUGGCUCCACAACUGUCUAUAAAACCUGUGCAGUACCCUCGUUGUACUGAGGUCACUACAGAAGAUCAGCUACUAAUUCACCAGUGUUUAUCAGAUUGAACAGACUGACACUGACAAGUCUUUUGUGAUGUGUGUUUUAAAGGGAGAUACUAACUUUUGUAAUAUACAUGUAUAAAACUUUUCCAAAUAAAUUUUAAGACAACUUCA